GUGGCACGGACAAAACAAACACCGGGGGAAGCGGCAAGGUCUUCCUUCUGGUCUGCAAGAUAUGAUUCAACGAUAGCUGAGAUAAGAAUAAGAGAUGUUUCCCAGACCUGGCUCUUCGCAGCAAGGAGAAACGUUGACCGUCCAGGUUAAAAAUACCGCGCUGGAACUGAAUGGUCAAAACCUCCGGCUGGAAGCUAAAAAUGGCCGCAGUUCAAAAACACCUGGCCUCCAUCUGUCAGCCGUACACGGCAAGGAGGCAGUGGGUCAGCUUACGGCCUCCUCGACGACCCGGGAGGGCGCGGCACAGUUGGACUUGUUGUUGUUCAAGUCACCCAGGCCUGACUUGGAGAGGCACGCUGAGAAUAAGCCUGUGAGACGCCCUUUGAAGCUGGCCCCGCUGGAGCUGACAGAAGAGGUGAGGGAGGCUCAGAAGGAAAAACUUAAGUUCAUCCAGGAGGAGACCGAACCCGUUUCCUGUAAGCUGGAUGUAACACAGAAAGAGCCCCGGACAAGGAAGGUGAAAUCCUGCAUGAGGCAGAGGCUGGCAAAAGCAGCAGCGUGCCCUUCUUCUUCUUCCACUGAGCCUCUCAAAGCACAACAGCAAAACAGAUUGUCGAGGCCCCAGCUGACGCGCGCUGUCCCCGUACAGCAGAGUGGAGACAAGCAUCUAGUGGACGUGGUGUGUAGAGGCACACCGGCUCCUCUGCGCAGUAAGCCUGCCCCUCCUUCACAAACACCCAGAGUUAAAGCUGCGGCCGCACGUGGCGGAGAGGCGGCCCGCCAGAGCGCCGGCGCCCUCCAGCAGGAGACGGGGAGGAGGCGGCUGAGGCUGCGGAGAGCGCAACACCUAGAGGAGGAUCAGUGCAAUUCAAACACGUCAACAGGGGGAUUAUCUGCAGAUGAAGCCAAGCCUGCCCAAGGUGUCCAAGGCAAAGGGCUGCAGACAAAGAGAACUCAAAGGGGCCAGCUGCAUGCUGGGAAAGCCAUCAAAGAGCCUCCCGCACCUGCAGGCUCCCGUGAGCAAGGAAGUGCCAGGAAGAGUCAUCAGGAGGGUGGCAGUCAGCAAUCUGCAAAAUACACCCUGAGCUGAGAGUCAGCGGAAGGUGGAAGCAGUGAAGGUGCACUUGAUGGUGUUAAGUCUGGUGCUUCUAACUGGAAGUUUGAAGGAAGGAAGGAACCUUUGAUCGCUAAGUAUAACAAUGAUGUCGAACAACUCCAGCUGUAAAAUAACUGGAGCUUGGAAAUUUGGAAAUUGAUAUAUACAAGUUUAGAGGCUCAUUUCCUCAUCAGGUGAAGGUAUCAGAGAGCUGUGCCAUUAGAAACUGAUUUUCAUGAAUCAAGCGUGCAAAUGAUACCUCACAAAAUUCAGUUUGUUUAGGGUUGAGGAGAACUCCUCUUGUCUUCCUAAAAUAGAGUAUACUUUUUUUUUUUUUUUAAAGAAAGGGCAGCAUUGUGUAAAAUCGUAUGCCAUCUUGCUCUAAGUUAUGGAUUGUCCCAUUUCCAAAAGCUAUUCCCCAGAUCAGAGCCUGCGCUGAUUCAAUUAGGUGGAGCAGCCAUGGCACAAAGUAAGGCUUCUGGCAAAUCAUAAGAGGAGUGAGGGCGCUGCAGUUGAUCCAAGGUAAUGAAACAGCACACAUAUUUCUUUCAGGGAGAAAAUCGUGUAGUAAGAUCAGAAAUGUAGGGGUGUAUAGUGUGAUUACUGAGUGACCUGUAAUGUUUAUCCAUAAACUCUAUGAAAGUCUACAUUUAUAAGCUCAUUUAAAUCAGCUGACUAAGUAAUAAUUAAAUCUACAUGUUUGUACAGUAACUUAAAUGUCUAGUUUUCACUUCUCUGUGUAGAAUCAUACGCUGUAACAACGAAAAUGUAACUUUCUCUUUUCCAAGGGUUCUAUUUGCUGUAUUUCUGCUUUUCCAAUUAAAGCGUGACUUCCAGGUAGCAGCAGGAGUUUCUGAAUGCCGGCCGAGUUCUUGUUGUUGUUUGAUGCUCCCCUUCCGCUCUGGAAGUCUCAAUGUGACCCCUGGCCAUUAGCCAGCCAGGUAACAUCAGUAAUGUGACUCAUCUUAAAAAUAGAAACUUGUGAUCUCACCGUCUGCUGCCAUCGUGCACUGUCUGGUUCGUUUAUCCAUUUAUCUUUAGUUAAUGAAUAGUAUGUUUGUUCUGAAUAAAUAAAAUCACAGCCAAGUUUUCUUUCAGCUGACCCCCAUAUGGCCAAAUCUGUCACUGCAAGGUUGAUUUAUGAGUAUGAACUAUCAUCCCCUACGAACUUGAAAGUUUUCAUACUUUUUGUUUAGUUUGCUCAGGUAACGGUGGCGAUGACCCAACUAAACAUGAUAAGAGAAGAUCUUGAUCAAACGAACGAAGUAGCUUCAGACGAGGUUUAGCAACUGAAUGCUAACAGUGAUAAUAAAGGUAAUGUACUGCACACCUUCCAUAAUUUAUACCCCAACCAUCUAAAUCAUAUCUCUGGCCAACUGAUCAUCUUGUUAUCUCAACGCGGGGCUGAUUGUUGAUAAUAAAUGCAAGAGGUUAAAGUUUCACAGCUUUUUUAUGUACUGCAAAUUGAUGCGCUAUAGGUUUUUGGUUUUUUGUUUUUUUUUUGGGGGGGGGACAUGUUUCUCAAAAUAAGAAAAGACCCAACAUUUAGAGAAAGACAUUAUACAGUAUAGAUGUUCCAUGGGGUCAUUCCACAACUCCCAUCAUCAGCAACUGAAAUUCAAGCACAACAAAUAUAUCAGAAUGAUUUAUUUAGCAGAGCUGUGCAGAACGUUAUGAUGCAGAGGAAGUCCACAUGUUUCUUACCCUGUAACUUAAUCUUAAUGGCUUCCACUGACAUUCCCCAUAAAGAUAUGUUAGGUCACUGAGGAGCAGUGGCCGCUGGUGAAAACGUUCCUAGGUGGAGCUGAUCUGUAUCGAAGCCCUCAGUUACUACCCCAACAUGAUUUAAUGCAUGCUGUGAAGUAAAUGUAAUACACACAGGCCAUUUAUAAAAAUGUCACUAUUUCAAAAUUAAAUACAUAAAUAGUUUGAUUGAACAUUGAGAGGCAAAACCAACAUAGACAGUUAUAUCGUGAGUUAUUCCACUGAUAACUAUGGGGUUGUUCACACGUAGUAAAAUACAUCUCGGCUGACUCCUAAGUACUUUUCUGAACACCACAUUGGAAGGUGGUCAUGGCUGCAUUUGAGACCCAUCUUUGAAAAAAAAAUAUUCUGUGUACCUUAAAUGUCCCUGUAAAUGUUACAGUAUAACCUUUUGUUUCAUUUGUAA